UCAGCUCCGAGGGCCGAAAACCUCACUCGCUCGCCCCCAGGUCAAACGCUAUUCAAAGUAGUAAUCAAAUCUCUCUCGCCCAAAGAGUUAGUUCGGAUUCACGUCCCUAAACCUUUGGACAGGAAUGAUGGGACAUUUUUGAUGCGAUAUAGAAUGUAUGAAAGUGUCAAUGAAGGGCUGAAGAUAGAGGUCCUUUAUGGUGAUGAACAUGUCGCUCAGUCUCCCUAUAUUUUGAAAGGACCGGUGUACCAUGAGUACUGUGAGUGCCCAGAAGAGGAGCCCCAGGCCUGGCAGAAAACUCUGUCCUGUCCAGCCAAUGAGCCACAGAUUGCAAAAGAUUUUGCGUCUUUCCCCAGCAUCAAUCUCCAGCAGAUGCUAAACGAAGUUCCGGAAAGGUUUGGGGAUGAGAGGGGCGCCAUUGUUCAUUACACAGUGCUCAAGAACCACAUCUACCGGCGAUCUUUAGGGAAAUACACAGACUUCAAAAUGUUCUCAGAUGAAAUUUUGCUGUCACUGGCAAGAAAGGUCCUUCUCCCGGAUUUGGAAUUUUACGUUAAUCUUGGAGACUGGCCUUUGGAGCAUCGAAAAGUCAAUGAAACCCCUGGCCCUUUGCCUAUCAUUUCCUGGUGUGGCUCUCUGGAUUCACGAGACAUUAUCCUUCCCACAUACGACAUCACCCACUCCACACUUGAAGCUAUGAGGGGUGUUACAAAUGAUCUCCUCUCUAUUCAGGGAAAUACAGGGCCUUCCUGGAUCAAUAAAACAGAGAAAGCUUUCUUCAGAGGUAGAGACAGCCGAGAGGAGAGGCUCCAGCUGGUGCAGCUGUCCAAGGAAAACCCCCAGCUACUAGAUGCAGGAAUUACAGGAUAUUUCUUCUUCCAAGAGAAAGAAAAGGAGCUUGGAAAAGCUAAGUUGAUAGGUUUCUUUGACUUCUUUAAGUACAAGUAUCAAGUGAAUGUGGAUGGGACCGUGGCUGCUUAUAGGUACCCAUAUCUCAUGCUGGGUGACAGUCUGGUUCUGAAGCAGGACUCGCCAUAUUAUGAACAUUUCUAUACGGCAUUAAAGCCUUGGAAACAUUAUGUUCCAAUUAAAAGAAAUCUUAGUGAUCUACUAGAGAAAGUUGAAUGGGCCAAGGAAAAUGAUGAAGAAGCAGAGAAGAUUGCCAAGGAAGGGCAGUUGACUGCGAGGGAGCUGCUCCAGCCCCACCGGCUUUACUGCUACUAUUACAGUGUCCUGCAGAAAUACGCUGAGCGCCAGUCCAGCAAACCCGAAAUACGUGAUGGAAUGGAAGUCGUUCCUCAGCCAGAUGACAGUGCGUCUCUCUGCCGGUGCCAAAGGAAAAGGACUGUAAGAGAAGAGCUUUAAGUCAGCCCAGAGUCACACUCCCGGGUGUGCCGGCAACAUCUUUAAUGGCAGCAUUCAGAUGGAGGCUAAGCUCCGAAGGCUGGGAAGACAGCCUGAAGGCUGUGUGCAAGCAGACUGCUCCUCUGGGUGGCUUUCUAUGAUGUGGAUCGGUACAGCAGUAUUAGAGCAAGCAUUACCAAAUAUCUUAGGAUGUUAAUUUCUUUUGAGGAAAAACUGCUAUUAGCAGCAUGAUAGUUUUCUCUAAAACAGAAAACGGGAUCGUAGUAGAUAGAGAGGCUAGCCAAAAUAUAAAUAACUCUCUAUGAAACUAUCUGCAUUGUAUUUAUUGGUUUGUUUCCAUCCCUUGUUCACUUUCCCUCUUCCCCUUCCAAUUAUGAAGGAAAAAUAUUUUUGCAGGACUCUUUUUCCCCCUCCCUGCAUCAGUUCUCCUCCAACAAGCUGCUUUUGGCAUUCAGUGUUAGCAAGCUGCUUCUUAGAAGGUCUGAUAAGAAUAAUUAAGGAAGCUGAGGAAGACUCUGUUAUUAAAGGCAGCUUGGAGACUAUGGAGGGAAAUUUUUUUAACUAAAAAGAUGUGAACUUAGUUAAGUUUUACCAAGGCCUGAGACAAAAUUAAGGAGAGAUUGUGCCUUAAGCUAGUAAUUCCCAAUCUGUCUGAGUCAGACACCCAUCAAGGACAACACAGUUAUUAAAGUAGAUGAGAGCAUCUUAUGGGUUCCUUCAUUAUCUGUAUAUUGAAUAGGUAAAUGAUAAGUGUAGUCACAUGGGAAUCUUUAAUUCUUUUUAAUCUUUAAAAGGGAUACUUGAAAACCUUGGCAACAAGCUGCAGGAGGCCUGGGAUCUUGGGAUUCACUCAUAAGCUCACAACAAAAGCAAGUAUCUAUUCUUCACGGCACCCCCUCUUCUAUUUCACUGCGUUGUAUUGCUACGAUUAAAACUUUGGAAAUUUCCUCUGCCUCUUAGUAUAGGGUGAAGACUUCAGACUUACAGCCCAGAAAUUCAUUACACACUCCUUGUAACACCAGCAAUCCAAGAUUCAGUUCACUAAAGAACACACUCCCCAAACAAGAAAUAGCCACACUCCCAAUUUAAAGGUAUUUAUUCCCCUAAUUGAAAUGCUUACCUAACCUGGAAAACAUGUACCCACUUUAAAGUAGUCAUUUCUAUUGUUUACUGAAGAUCAAUAAAGGACACAGAAUUUUUUUUUAACUAGACAAAAGCAAUGGCACAUUUAGGAACAGGGUAAUCAAAGCCAAGUAUUCAUGGAAAACUCUAAUCCCCACCAGUUGUUCAAAAGCACAAGUGCACAGGUGUGAAAUAAAGGGCAAGCUGUACAGAGACCAGAGCAUAAGGAGGAGACGGAUAUAAGGAUGUGCAAGCUAAUAUAAUGACUGCAUUUGUCAAAAUAAGCUAUCAACAUUUUCUUACAGCGUUGUAUUUUUAUUAAUAAAAUGUUGGAAAUGCCUUAAAUAGCCAUCAUGAGGGAACUGGCUAAAUAGAUGUCAAUACAUCAAGAAAUACAGUACAACCAUUAACAAGAAAGAAGUAGCUCUAAAUGUGUUAUCAUGAAAGAUUUCCAUGACAGUGUUCGGCGAAGAAAGCAAGUUACAGAAUAGCAUGAGUAACAGAGAAAGCGUUCAUAUAAAAACAACAUAUAUCCAUGCGGUUGAAAGUUUGGAAGGAUGUUCACCCGUAUCUGCGGAAGGGAUGGAGAGAAGGGAAUUUUUACUUUUGCCUUAGAGCUGUCUAUGGCACUUGAAAUGUUUUUACUGUAAGUAUGAAUCACAUUGGAUGACGAAGAAAAAUGCGAACCUAGGAAAAGACAACAAAUGCACAAAUGAUGCACGUAGGAAAAG